GCUCUAUUAGAAGAACUUACAAUUUAUAUUUGAUUUUAUAGCUCAAUAAAACUAACUAGAAAAUCUCACAAUGCCUCAUAAAAUACUAUUUUUAUUUAUCGCUAAAGUCAAACAAAAGCAUAUCAGUUAAGAGACUAGAUAACAAUCAAACUGAGGAAAACAAUACAUAAUCAUGACAUUUGGUGAUAAACUUAUCUUUAAAUUAUGUCACUAGGAAAUCAAGUAUUUUUAUUUUCGCACGCACCAUCAUAGGUAUCAGUCGUGAUGGCUACCAAAGUAGCCAUAGUCACCGGAUCCAAUAAAGGGAUAGGAUUCGGAAUUGUGAGAGGACUGUGCAAAAGGUUCCAAGGAAAUGUGUAUCUCACAUCCAGAAACGAACAAAGAGGGAAAGCAGCUGUCAGAAAACUUAAGGAAGAAGGUCUCCGUCCAAACUAUCAUAAGUUAGAUGUCACUAAAAAAGAGAGCUUGGAAUUAUUUCGUGAUUACCUUCAAAAGAAAUAUGGCGGGAUAGAUGUUUUAAUAAAUAACGCAGCGAUAGCCUUUAGAAAAGAUUCUGCUAUGCCAGCUAUAGUCCAAGCGGAACGAACCUUAUUUGUGAAUUAUUUCUCUCUAUUAUCAACUUGUGAAAUGUUAUUUCCCAUAUUAAAAAAUGGGGCAAGAGUUAUCAAUGUUUCUAGUAAUUUGGGACAUUUGUCGCAAAUACCUAGUUCGACAAUACGGAAUAAAUUAAAGGAUCCUAAUUUGACGGUAGAAGAGUUGAGUGAAUUGAUGACACAGUAUGUAGAUGCGACGCGUCAGGGGGCACAGCUUUUGAAGUGGGGGAAAUCUUCAUAUGCGGUGUCUAAGGUUGGCGUGGUGGCGUUGUCAAGGAUACAGCAGAGGAUGCUGAACGAUAGAGAUAUAAAAGUGAACGCCGUGCACCCCGGCUUCGUAGCGACAGACAUGACGGCUCACGCGGGCCCGCUGACCAUCGAUGAGGGAUCACAACCAGCUCUGUAUCUAGCCCUGGACGCGCCGGACUCACUGCGGGGAGAAUACGUGUGGAGCGAUAAGACCGUCGUGGACUGGGAAGCGAGUGAAAUGCCGAAACAUGUCAAACUGAGUACAGCUUGAAAGUAAAUUGUUAGAUACUCAAAAAGUUUGAUUUCAUUCUCGUUAUCCCGAACUUUGCUUACAGUAUGUUGUUGUCAUGUUGACUUUUUGUUAUCUACUCGUUUUUGCCAACUAAUUGUUUUUUUUUUUGGAACUAUGUUUAAAUGAACAUAUUUACAUAAUUA